UUCCUACUCGUUUGAGCCGAGCUGAUCGAUCACGUUGGCCAUGUUAGUUAGCUCAGAGAUCCACUCGUGAGUCCUCCAGCUCGAGGCUCUUUGACCAACUAGAUAAGCGACCCUCUCGAUUACUACUCCAAGGGAAGGUUGACGCACAGGUCGGUCGGCGAUCCCAGGUUGCAUGUAGACGUACGAAUAGAGCGUGCAUAUGGAGAGGAGGAAGAAGGUCGUCGUCGUCCUCGCAUCCGCUUUCCUCUUCCUCGUGCAGUCGUUGUUUUCCACCACUUGUGCUCUCCGCCGGGAUCAGUUCCCUCCAUCUUUUCUCUUCGGGACCUCAACCUCCGCCUACCAGAUCGAGGGUGCGUAUCAAGAAGGUAACAAAAGCUUGAGCAACUGGGACGUCUUCACUCACUCACAAGGAGGCAAGAUAAAGGAUGGCAGCAAUGGAGAUGUUGCAGCUGAUCAUUACCACAUCUACAUGGAAGAUAUUGAGCUCAUGCAUUCACUCGGAAUCAACUCCUACAGGUUCUCCAUUUCAUGGUCGAGAGUCCUCCCAAGAGGUCGAUAUGGGAAGAUUAAUCCGACAGGCAUAGCAUUCUACAACAACCUUAUCGAUUCCCUGUUGCUAAGAGCAGGCAUAGAACCAUUUGUCACACUGAGUCACUAUGACAUUCCUCAAGAACUCGAAGAUCGAUAUGGAGCUUGGCUAAGUCCAAAAAUACAGAAAGAUUUUGGAUAUUUUGCUGAGGUUUGCUUUAGCAAAUUUGGUGAUAGAGUGAAGUAUUGGAGCACAUUCAACGAGCCACGUAUGAUGGUGAGAUAUGGAUAUGGCACCGGAGAGUAUCCUCCCGGGCAUCGCAAUAAAGAAUUUAUAGCCGGUCACAAUGCUAUAUUAUCGCAUGCUACCGCGGUGGAGAUCUAUAGGAAGAGAUAUCAGGUGAAACAGCAAGGCAUGAUUGGGAUUGUAAUUUUCAUGUGCUGGUUUGAGCCACUCAGGAACAACUCAUUGGAUUUUCUAGUAGCCCGACAAGUAAUGUCCUUCCAAGCUGCAUGGUUUCUCGAUCCAAUAAUCCAUGGUGAUUAUCCACCCGAAAUGCGGCAGGCUUUAGGUUCAAAACUCCCUACAUUCUCAAUUAAGGAGAGGAGAAAGCUUCAAUAUAAGUUGGAUUUUAUUGGAAUCAAUCACUAUACUAGCUUGUAUGUCAGAGACUGUACCUUUUCUCCAUGCAAGUCAAGUAGAAAUAUAGGUGAAUCAUUUAUCUACACCGAAAGAAAUGGAAUUCCCAUUGGAAAACCAACCGCAAUGCCAAAUUACUAUGUUGUUCCUUACGGCAUCGAAGAGGUGGUUUUGUACACCAUGAGAAGAUACAAUAACACCCCCAUGUUCAUCACUGAAAACGGUUAUGCCCAACACAGCAACUCUUCGAUGACGGAGUUACUGAAUGACAGCGAUAGAGUGGACGCCAUGCGUCAAUAUCUUACAUAUCUAAACAAUGCCAUGAGGAAAGGGGCAGACGUUAGGGGUUACUUCGUGUGGUCUCUCAUGGAUAACUUCGAAUGGCUUUAUGGGUACACCAUGAGAUUUGGACUCCAUCAUGUGGACUACAAUACACAGAAGAGGACACCAAAGUUAUCGGCGAGGUGGUAUAAGCAAUUCCUACAUGGUGUUGAGGUACAACAUGAACAUGAGCAAGUAGAUACGAUUUAAGAUGAGAGAGUCGAUUAACUUGUAUGAAAAUGAAGCACUUUUUUUUUUUGGGUAUAUUCAUCCAUAUACAAUAAUGUUGAUAUGAUUCGUUAUAAAGUUUAUUUGUUUGCUACCUCUUAACGUUAAUCUAGUAAGGUCAAAUUUUA